AACGAUAAAAAUCUCAUUCCUCUCAGAACCAGAAGUUGCAUCUGAUCUCCUUUUCAUUAAAGAUCUCUCUGCAGAAAAUUGAGCAAAAUGCAAAACUACAGCAUUCAGAACAAACGAAUAUACAGAAUGCCAUCAGAAGAUCUCAGCGUGCUAAGACCCACAUACUCGUGGAGAAGUGCUGGGAACAGGGGUUCCUUUUCCAAGGAGAUCAUUGGAUCUAACACUGUACAAAUGGGGCAUGUUGGAAAUGCUGCAAAUGAAAAGGUAACCAUGCAAAUCCUGAAUGAACGUCUUGCUUCCUACCUGGACAAAGUUAGGAGUUUGGAGAAGGCCAAUGGCGAGCUGGAGGUGAAAAUCCGUCAGGUUCUGGAGAAAAAAGGUCCAGAUACUAAGGACUACAGUCACUACCAAGUCACACUAGAUAAAAUACGCAAAGAGAUCCUGGAAAUGGUUUUAUACAAUGCAAGUUUGGGUGUUCAGAUUGACAAUUCCAAGUUGGCUUCCGAAGACUACAGGGUCAAGUUUGAAAAUGAAUUUCAGCUAAGGCAGUCUGUUGAAACAGACAUAAAUGCACUAAGAAAGAUGCUGGAUGACACCAAUGUGGCACGACUGCAUUUGGAAAACGAUGUUGAAGGAUUGAAAGUGGAGCUCAUCGAUUUAAAGAAACAACAUCAACUGGAAGUAUCAGGAAUAUAUAGUCAGAUUGCCCACUCAGGAGUGCAGGUGGAUGUUGAUGCUCCUAAGGGACAGGACCUGACUAAGAUCAUGGAGGAGAUGAGAGCCAAUUAUGAAAAGAUCGCCCUCAAGAAUCAGGAGGAGCUCAAAGCCUGGCAUGAAUCAAAAAUCACUGUGGUGGAGGUUCAAGUGACCGAGAACACUGCAGCAUUAAAGGAAGCCAGAACACAAGUCAGUGUGAGCCGCAGGCAGAUGCAGUCUUUGGAAACAGAGCUGCAGUCUCUGACUGGAAGUAGAGCAUCUUUGGAAGAAGCUCUUCAUGAAACAAAGUUGAGAUAUGGCAUGCAGCUGGAGCAAUACAAUGGCAUUAUUUUGAUGCGGGAGUCUGCACUUAUGCAGCUGCGUGAAAGCAUUCAAAGUCAAACACUGGAUUAUGAGAUCCUGUUCAACAUCAAGAUGGAGCUGGAAGCUGAGAUAGCCACAUACAGGAGGCUUCUGGAUGGAGAGGAUAAAACAUUUGCUUUAUAAUUUUUGUAUCAUACAUGUUGGCCAUGGCUGUUUCUCCUUCAUGUUAAUAAGAUAUUUGAGAAAAUAUUACAGACCAAUAUUAGAGACCACAAGUGGACGGGAAAAUAAUGUCCCCCAUCUCGAGUACGAUCAAAAAGUGAUAUAAACAAAAACGAGAUUACUGCUGUUCAUGAAAGAUGAGAGCACAAGCCAACAUCUCACAAAUCAAAACCAUUCAUAUAUACUAUGAAUAUUUUUCAGUAUAGUAUUUCUGUUGAAUCAGAUUUGAACAUAUGUUGGAAAGCCAAUUCAAACCAUACAGUGUAUCUCUACUCGAACUUUGUUGUUUUAUCAAUUUCAAAGUUUCAGUUUCUUGUUAUGAAAAAUUUGGCCCUAGUCCAUUUUGAACAUGUCAUCACAGUGAAAGAAAACAGUAAGUGGCGUCCGAUUCCAUUUUCAUUUCACAAAAACUUUCCACCAGUCAAUCAUAUUAACCGAAAGUGCGAAAUGAAAACAAAAUGAUGGUCUUGUUUUUGUACUUCAAACUAACAACGGCUGUGGACAAUUAACCUAUCGUCAAAUAAAUACAUAAACCACG